AUGGCUAGUCCUGACGAACAAAGAGAGCUAAGGAAGAAAUCAGAAAAAGAAGAGCUAGAGUUCUAUACCAAAUUCGAACAAAAAAUUCAGCCCGCAAUCGAGGAGUUCCGAAAUAGUUUUCCAAAUGGUCCUUAUUCUCAACCAAGAGGACCAAUGCCACUAGGCAAUUUCGAAAUUCUUUUUGACGAAUGGUGUAGUUACCUGGUAAAAGCGCCGCCACCCACACUAAAGCAGCGACAGUAUUUGUCCCAACCUCCGCCCCCUUCGGCGCAACAAAAAAACGCUACACUAAUUACACAUAACCGACAAGUUCAGGUCUGCUCAGAUAGGCCCCCUAACAACACCGCUUCCUCGAACUCUUCAAAAAAGAAUAUCGACUAUCUCGAUUUUCUCGAAGGAAAAGACCCUUUAUCAAACGGAAAAGCAAAUAUAGAUGCUGGAAAAAGGGACUUUACGAGAGAUGAUGCCAGAAGCGUGCUGGAGGUAAUAGCAACACCUAUCACGAUACCUACCUUGGAUGAUGUCGAUAUUAAGAAGAGGAACAAAGGCAAGGAUGUAGCAACAAAACGCCCUCCAAAAAAGCUACCAAUCACAAAAAAUUCACGCGUGCAGAACUAUAAUAAGCGAAAUUAUAACAAAGAUGUCAUUAUGACAGAUCGAGAAUUCACGCAUGAUGAUGAAAGAACUUUAGGAGAUCCUUCAUCAUUACCUACCACAAAUAAUCCGGUCAACAAUGAUCCUCAAAAACCUGUUAAACAGUUAAUAGUUAAAUUGAAAAUCCCGCCAAGAAAACAGGAUUCAAAAUCAGAUGAUAAUAAUGCUACUGCAUCAUAUAAUGAAAAUUCUUGGUCAUCACAACAAAAACAUUCGAAGGCGCCCGAUGGAAAUAAAGGAGUAAAACCCUUGGAAAAUGGGUCAACAAAAGUAACAAAGGCUACCAAAGUUCGAGAUUAUCAGGAUAGUCCUCGCAACGUAAAACGGAAAUUAGUUAAAGUUACGGCAGAGUCAAAUUCUCAGCAAACCGAUAUAAUGGAAUUCGAUGAGACGUUUAGAUCACAAAGCAUUGUACCAAUUACUGUCGAACAACGUACUCUUGGUGUUCAAUCUCCUGUCAUAACUGUCCAAACAGUUGGUAAUCAAACAGAUAAUUCUUCUUAUACAAGAUCAAUCGAAGUUCAAACAGAUCCAAUAGAUAUACAGCAAAACCCAAUAAACACACAACAAAACUCAAUAAACACACAGCAUCAAGAACCCGGAAAUGAUGAGGAACAAUCGGAAAUGGCACUAUUUCAUCAUGUCUUAUUUGAACGUAAGAGUGCCAUAGGUCGUGAAUACAAGCAUCGAGCCGAAAAAGACACAGAGAAACGAUCGCCAUUGGAAAAGGUGUCCGAUUAUCUGGAAUCCUUCCUACGCUAUACAGAAGCUGUUUUUCAUCAACAUGAAGCCGAUAAGAACGGUUACAAAUAUAACUUUAAGUAUCUUAAUCUAGAAAAAUUAUUCGAUUUUAUUCGAGCCACAAUCGAAAAACAAGGGAACGAGACUCCUUUGGCCGGGCUUGUCAAGUUUGUCAAAGCGAUUGAGAAUAACCUUCAAGAUUCUUAUAUAAAUGAUUCAUCAGGUUUAAAUUCUAAAAAAGCUUUUGACGAAUAUUUGAA